AUCGUUCAUUCAUCUGUCCUGUCAGUGGACGACAUCGGUCGUUUCGUUGUCUUAAUUUAUAUGCAUUUCAAUGCAAUGCUGAUAUGAGUUUGUUGGUUUUCCAUAAAACCCAACGGACGGACCUUUUCACUGAGCGACUCGUUGUGUGACGGAACCAUGCAGAGUGCAGUUCUCAGGGUUGCUCUGUGCCCUAUGGGCCUGAAGGGGGUGGGCAGGUGUGUGGGCACACUCUUUACUCCUGGCCAGUGCCCCUUCAGGGCAAGCUUAAGGAGCCUUUACAGCCAGACAGGGGCCUGGGAGCGGGACUACAGGGCAGAGACCAGACGCAAAGUGGAAGAGUGGUGGCACCCACGUAUCAAGGAGCAGUGGCGGAAGGAUACGGAGGAUGAGAGCUCUCAGAAGAAGAAGUUUUAUGUCCUCUCAAUGUUUCCCUACCCGUCUGGUCGUCUCCACAUGGGGCAUGUGCGUGUUUACACCAUCAGCGACACAAUCGCUCAUUUCCAGAGAAUGAGGGGUCACCGGGUGCUGAAUCCGAUGGGCUGGGACGCGUUUGGGCUUCCUGCAGAGAACGCCGCCAUAGAGAGAGGACUAGACCCGGAGGAGUGGACCAAAAGUAAUAUCCAGUCCAUGCGGGAGCAGUUAGACAGCCUGGGGCUCUGCUUUAAUUGGGACAGGGAAGUCACCACUUGCCUGCCGGAAUACUACAAGUGGACACAGUACCUGUUCGUCAAACUCUUUGAGGCUGGGCUGGCCUAUCAGAAAGAGGCACUAGUCAACUGGGACCCUGUAGACCAGACCGUGCUGGCGGAUGAACAGGUUGAUGAGAACGGGCGUUCGUGGAGGUCUGGAGCCAUUGUGGAACAGAAGCUCCUUAAACAGUGGUUCAUUAAAACCACAAACUACGCCAAGCCACUCCUGGACGCUUUGGCGGAUCUCCCUGAAUGGUAUGGAGUCAAAGCGAUGCAGGCCAACUGGAUUGGAGAAUGUACUGGAUGCUACUUUGACUUUGUCUUAAAGGUGAAGGGGCAGGAGACAGGCGAGCUGCUGGCUGCGUAUUCGUCCACUCCUGAAGCUGUGUUUGGUGCUGCCUUUGUGUCUAUCCUGCCCUCUCACAGGCUGCUACACGGCUCCAGCCCGGUCCAGCCCACGCUGCACGCUGCCCUGCGGCCUGGGACAGACUCCCUGACCCAGGUCACUGCUCUCAACUUACUCACCGGUCAGGAGGUUCCUGUGAUCAUCUCAGCCAAGACCGAGUUUGAGGGUCAUCUGGAUACUCUGAUAGGUAUACCUGAUUGUAGUGAGGAGGAUUCUAAUGUGGCUAAGGCUUUGGGUCUGAGCUGGAACACGGUGCUUAAGAGUCAGGACGAUGGCACACAUACACUGCUGAACUCAGGAGAGUUCACGGGACAGAGCAGGGAAGAUGCCUUCAACUCCAUCACCCAGAAAGCUCGAGAAGAAAAAGUCGGCGGGUACCUCACUAGUUCCAAGCUACGCGACUGGCUGAUCUCGCGGCAGCGUUACUGGGGCACGCCCAUUCCCAUAGUGCACUGCGACUCGUGUGGGCCCGUGGCCGUUCCUGUGGAGGAUCUGCCCGUCACGCUUCCCAAAAUUCCCUCUCUGACAGGGAAAGGAGCCUCGCCUUUGGAGUCAGCCAGUGAGUGGGUGAGCUGCCAGUGCCCUAGGUGUAAAGGCUCAGCUCGGAGGGAGACAGACACAAUGGACACGUUUGUGGAUUCGUCCUGGUACUAUUUCAGAUACACUGACCCUCACAACCAGCUCAGGCCUUUUGAGCGUGUGCUGGCUGAUCACUGGAUGCCCGUGGACGUGUAUAUCGGAGGCAAAGAGCACGCAGUCAUGCAUCUGUACUACGCCCGCUUUCUAAGUCAUUUCUGCAGAGAUCAGGGCAUGGUCUUCCACAGGGAGCCAUUCAGGAAGCUGCUUGUUCAGGGUUUGAUUAAAGGUCAGACGUUCCGGCUGGUGGAGGGUGGUCAGUAUCUGAAGAGAGAAGAUAUUGACUUCACAGGUCCAGAGCCCGUGGAGCGGGACAGUGGCCGUAGACUGCAGGUGACCUGGGAGAAGAUGAGUAAAUCCAAACAUAACGGUCUAGACCCUCAGGAGGUGGUGCAGCAGUACGGAAUCGAUACCGUUCGCCUCUACAUCCUCUACGCUGCUCCGCCCGAACAGGAUAUCCUGUGGGACGUCAAAACGGACGCCCUGCCCGGGGUGCUGCGCUGGCAGUCUCGUCUCUGGGGGCUGGUGACCAAACUUCGGGAGGUUCGUCAGGGGAAAGAAGAGCCCAACCCUUCUGUCCUCAAUAAGAAAGAGCGAACAGAGGCUCGCAAGAUCUGGGAGAACAAAAACUACGCCAUAGCACAGGUCACUGCUCACUUCACGGAGGAUUUUCUGUUGAACGCAGCGAUCUCUCGCCUUAUGGGCCUCACCAACACCCUGUCUCAUGCCUCCUCUCGUGUGGCGCUGCACAGUGUGGAGUUUGAGGAGGCCCUGGCCUGUCUGUGUGUAAUGACUGCUCCCAUGGCUCCCCAUCUGGCCUCUGAACUCUGGGCAGGUCUGUCUCAGGUGAGAAACCCUGUUAGUCCUCUACUCCAUGGAGAGGGUGGUGUGCUCCAGCAGCCCUGGCCCAGGGUCGACCCAGAAUACCUACAGAUCCCCGACACCCUGGAGGUGUCUGUACGGAUUAAUAACAAGACGUGCGGGACGGUGACAGUUCCUCGGCAGGUGGCUCAGGACACGGAGAAAGUCCGAGAGCUGGUGCUAGCGAGCCCGCUCGGCGACAGUCUCCUUGGUAACCGGGUCAUAAAGAAAGCCAUCCUCUCCCCAAGGACUGCCCUCAUCAACUUCCUAGUGGAGGACUGAAGUGGGCGGGGUAUCUGUGCCUCUUUUGAAGCCUGAUUGGUGCACUUUUGCUGUCAACAGCGUAAGACUCGGACACAGACCUGAAAGUGUUUGCUGUUAUUGGCCAGAGUCAGCGAUGGCGUAUGGACGAAGUGGUAGACGUGUUCUCACUUUGAGUGA